AUGAGUAUCGGAGUGCCAAUUAAACUAUUGCAUGAAGCUGAAAACCAUGUUAUCACAGUAGAACUCAAAUCUGGAGAGUUAUACAGAGGGUACUUGAUGGAGGCAGAGGAUACCAUGAAUAUGAGACUUGAUGAUGUGUAUGUUACUGGCAAGGACGGACGUCAAUAUCAUUUGGACUAAGUAUUUGUUAGAGGCAGUCAAGUUAGAUUCAUUAUUAUCCCUGAUAUGCUAAAGAACUCACCCAUGUUCAAAAGAAUAGCUUAUCAGGCCAAAAAAGAAAAGAAGCAAUUCGAUAACUCAAUUAAAUGGCUAAGAAAUAACCAUAAAUAGUAUAGUCUUGCAUUUAUACCAUUAAAUUAUUAGAAAUAAGAACUUCUAUCUCUCUUGGAUAAUGGAGUGGACAUAGCUGAAGAAGUAAAACCAGUUAAACAGAACAAUCUAGAAAUCAUCAAUUUUGCAUCAAGGCUUUAGAAGUUCUCAUAGAUGAAAUAACCUGCCUCAAGCAAUAUCAAGCAAUCUAAAAGGAACUCACAUUCACAAAGCAAUGAUCUUUAAAAUAAUCUUAAAAAUGUAUAGUCAAUAGUAAACAACUCUUAGGGUAAAAAUAAGAAUAAUCAUGAUGAAAAGAACUUUGCCUAGAGACUAUAGGCUAAUUCUGCCUUAAGUCAGUCUAAGUAGAGAUUUAUGACAUUCAAUGUUAAGACUAGCUUAAUCGACAAUUUCAAUUUGCAAUAAAACUAGCUAAGUUAGCAAGACAAAAGAGAAUAGGAUCUAGAAUAGGCUAAACUUCUUCUAUAAAAGCACAAGAUGGAAGACAUAACUUAAUUGAUAGAUAGGAAAGUUGAAUUGCAAACUCAAAUUGAAAUAUAAUCUAAUAAAAUGAACUUAAGGCCACUUUCUGAUUCGUUUUAGUCGCUUGAAUCCUCAAAUCCUAUUAAAAGCUUUGAAAAUAAUGUUCAAGCCUACCUUCCAUAUGAGUAUCAGCCAAGUACUAAUUUCAAUCUUGAUCUGAGGCUUCUGACCUAACUCACAGAGUAAAGUGCAAUAAAAAGUCUAGGACUAAAGCCAAGGCUAAAGAAAAUAGAUCUGCUAAAGAUCAUAGUAUAGCCUCAACUGAAUCUCUAAGAUGAAAAUUUAAGAUUAAUGCUGAUUUCAUGUUCUCUGAUUGCAUAUGACAUUGAUUAUAUUGAAAUCUUGAUAGCAACCUACUUCUACUGUUUCGCUCAGAACAACACUAUAUAAAUGAGCUUUAUUUGCGAGAGUAUCAUUAUUUUUUCAGUGUAAUUAAUUGAGCUUAUUUCGAAGGAAGCUGCUGUUUAACAAAAGUUAAUGGCAUAUGUCAAAGCAGCUAUUUAGAUAUGUGAAGAUGAGUUAAAAUUCAAAGGGAAAGCUAGUUAGAAGAAUGAGAGAAUUUAUCUUUUUUAAAAGAUGAUAGAUAAUUUGAAGAAAAAUUACAGGAUACUUAUAAAAGACACUAAAGUUAACUAUUAAAUAGACUAUCACAAGUAUCUUAAAUUAAACUUGGAUAAUGAUUUUGAUGAGAAGGCAUUCUCUGCUGUUUUACAUAAAAUUGAUAUAGAAUUCCUUAAGUCUCUCAAAGUCGCUGAUUUUUUCAAACCUCCUGUUUUUAUGUUUCAGCUGUUUGUAAUAUCAGAAAGUGAUUCUUUUCAAGAGGAUUCAAUUCAAUCUUCAGAACAAUCUAGGAGUUAGUCUUAUUCAAAUGGUCAUCCAUUCUUGGCAAGAGUCAUGAAACUCGUUUAAAUAUGCUAGCAUCUAAUGUAAUGUUAAUUAACUAAUAUUUAUAGUGAUUUGGGUAACUACAAUUUAGUGUUUGAGAUAUCAAAUUUAUUAACUUCAGACUAAGACAUACUUUAGAUUUGGAAAGAGUCAAUUGAUUCUAAUCUUGGAUUGAUGGGAACUCUCAAAAGUUUAGAAAGUUUUUCAUAGUCGAAUUUUGAACAUCUAAUAAAGAAUGGAAAAAGACAGGUUACUGUUUUUAGGAAUUUCCUUACUUACUUUGAGAAGUUAGGCGAUCAAUUCAUAUACAGCUAGAAGGAUGAAUAUAUAUUAAUGGAUAAUUUGAGGGAAUGUUGGACUAUGAUCGUAUCUUAUUUGGAUUAGUUCAAAGAUGCCUGA